CUUCUCAUGAGAAGCAGCCAGCCCCCGUUUGUGGAAUAUUUUGCAGUCGCAAUUAUUCCACUGUUGCUCCUCCUAUACGCCCUUCUUCCCCUUCUUCACACUCUCUCUCUCUUCUUCUUCUUCUUCUUCUUCUCUCUUGUGCUCUGCUCCAUGACACUAAUCCCCUAGAAACCAGUCGGUAUCUGUCUUCUUGUGAGCAGCAACCGCAGAGGAAGCAGAAACCAAUCUGAAAAAGCUUUGUUGCAGAGGCGAACAAGAAGACCCACACUGGAUGCCAGAGGGGGGGAGAGAGACGGGGGAGAGAGAGAGAGAGAAGGGGAGAAUCGUGGGAUGGGAUUCGUGCCAAUCUCAGUCUCCCAGAUGAGAGCCACUCGACGGAUCCAUUCAUGACAACAAAAGUAUUCAGUACAAUUAUUAAAAGCACAGCUCCCUUCCAUGCCAAGGCAGGAAGUCGUCUCUUCGAGUGACAGGCUGCAUGCUUUUUCCUCUUCUUACCUUUCUUUCGAUUUCUUUAAAUCAUCGUAUUAACCGGAAGUAAAGUUCGUAACUUGAGAUACGGAGAAGGAGAAUAUGGCUCAAGAGCAUCAGCAUCAAGCGGCCAUGGGCUACGGCGAGUACUCGAUGCAGGGAUACGAGGCUUCAGGUAGUCACGAGCUUUACAACUUGCAGACGAGGAUGGAGAUGCUUGGGUUCCCUUCAAAGCAUCAUCAUCAUCAUCAACAGAAUCAGAAUCAACAUAACCCCGAAACUUCAUGGAGAUCAGGUGGUUUGUUUCUGAGGCCGGGAAGCGACUCUCCGGCUAGCGAAAGCCUCAUGAUUUCCCCUGACGCCGUGGCAGAUUGGGAUCAGCCGAGACAGCUCGUCGUCGACGACUCUUUGCGAUGUUUAUUUCCUGUUCAUGACGAGGAACAGCCAAGCCAGGGGCUUUCCCUGUCUCUGUACAACCCGGAACCCUCCGUCGUCGUGGACUCGGCGGCCGAUUAUCACCGAUCUUUAAUGUUCUCUAGACCGACGAACAGUAACAGCACUGUUUCUCAUCAGCAAGGCUUCAGCUUUCACUCCGCCCAAACAUCUGGGAGUGUCAGUAGCAGUACCCAUAAGCUGAGGCUCUCAAAGUACUUGAUUCCAACACAGGAGCUGCUGAACGAGUUCUGUGACCUUGGAGGAGUGAAAUCCUCAAAGCAGAAACAGCAGAGCAAAAGGUUUGAAGAAGGUGGGCCUUCUUCCCUCUCUCCUGUCAGCCCCUCACUUCAAAAUCUUGACAUACUUGAGCUCCAAAAGCGAAAGGCAAAGCUUCUGACUCUGCUAGAAGAGGUGGACAGAAAAUACAGGAGAUACUGUGAACAAAUGAGAGCCGUAGUUUCAUCCUUUGAAUCCGUCGCCGGCGAAGGCUCAGCUACCACAUACCUCGCAUUGGCGUCAAAAGCCAUGUCCAGACACUUCAGAAGCUUGAGGGAUGGCAUCGUGAGCCAAAUACAGGCGGCAAAGAAAACCAUGGGGGAAAAGGACCCCAUCGCUCCAGGAAUAAGCAGAGGUGAUACUCCAAGACUAAAGCUUCUCGACCAGUGCUUCAGACAGCAGAAGGCGUUUCAGCAAGGAGGAUUGCUGAUGGAACAACACCCAUGGCGGCCACAGCGCGGCCUUCCUGAGCGCUCAGUCUCCAUACUCAGAGCUUGGCUUUUCGAGCAUUUUCUUCACCCGUACCCCAGCGAUGUUGAUAAGCAUAUAUUAGCAAGGCAAACGGGCCUCUCAAGGAGCCAGGUCUCCAACUGGUUCAUCAACGCAAGGGUGAGACUAUGGAAACCUAUGAUAGAAGAGAUGUACACUGAAGAAUUAAAAGAGCGCGAAAUCCAGUCCACCGGAGCUCAAGAAGACGAUAGGAACCCUAACCCUAGCUGCUCCCGUGACGUCGCUAUCACCGACGAACAGAAACCUCUAGCAGCCGAACUACUCACCGAGCCGGACUCACUCUCCUCCAUCAUCAACCACCACUCAGAAGCAAGACCGCACCACACCAAUCCAAGAGACCAAAUCCAAUUACAGAGAACAGAGAACUUCGGCAUUGCAGACCUCCACUUCUCUUCCUACAACGGAUGCGGCAGCCAAAGCUACAGCGGCAAUGGCGUCUCCCUCACGCUCGGCCUACAGCAUCACGACGGCAGCGGCGGUGGUGGUGGAAUGGGGUUCUCGCUUUCUCCGACAAAUCCACAGCCACUGUUUUAUUCUAGAGGGCAAAUGGAGGAGUGUCAGCCAGUUCAGUUUUCCAUCCUCGACGGGGAGGUACAGAAUCUUCCUUACAGGAACUUGAUGGGUGCUCAGUUGCUGCAUGACUUGGCUGGAUAGAGAAACCUAAUGGCUGUGGAGGUGACAGAAUUUAAAAAGAGUUCGAAGGAGGAAACUUUAAUAUUAUAUAAAGCUACCAAAGAAUUAAAAAUCUCAGCUUGGCCCGGCCCCUCUUGAUUCUGCCAAAGUCAGCUGGAUUGUUCAACUCUGAUGGAAUAUGAGGUUUUGAUUUAGGAAAAUUAUUGCGAUUUGGUUAUCUGUACGUGUAUAUAUAGCAGAAAUUAGUUGAUUCGAAUACUUUGUUUACGAUAUUGCUUUUAAAAAUUCAGAAUGCCAUGUUAGGUGAUCAGGAGGAAGAUGGUUUUGAAAGUUCGUGGAUGGAACCGUUGAUUAUAUAUUUAUAUUUAUAAUUAGAUGAAGGUUUCAUGUAAACUUGGAGACUGGAUCAGCUUUUUCAGUUUUACUGUAUUAGUAUAGGAUUAAUGCUUCGUUUCGGACGGCUUUCUUAUUGCUUUUUGAAACAGCUUUCUAUUUAUUUUUAUACUAAAAAGUUGUUUUAAGAAGCAGUAAAAAAGCCGUCCCAAAUGAAGCCUAAAUCGGUCUCAGUGUUCUUACUUUUCAAAUAUUCAAAUGUAAAACACAUUUCAUAGUUGAAAAUUAAUGAUUAGUAGGGGACUGCCCUUGUUUUGUAUCA